AUGGCGGUAUGGGUGGUGGUACCGGUGUCGGUGGUACGGGUGGUGGUGUUGGUACGGGUGGUGGUGGUACAGAUGGCGGUACUGGUAGCCUGUGUGGCGGUAUCAAUGGAGGUAUUAGUGGCAGGAAUGUGUGGUGGUACCGAUGGCGGUGGUACGAGUGGUGUUGGUACCGAUGGUUGUGGUACGGGUGGUGGUACCGAUGGCGGUGGUAGGGGUGGUGGUGGUACGGGUGGCGGCGGUACAGGUGGCGGCGGUACCGAUGGCGGUACGGGUGGCAGCGGUACAGAUGGCGGUAAGGGUGGCAGCGGUACAGAUGGCGGUAAGGGUGGCAGCGGUACGGGUGGUGGCAGUAUGGGUGGCGGCGGUACCGAUGGCGGUACGGGUGGUGGUGGUACUGAUGGCGGUGGUACCGCUGAUUGA